AUGACUGUCGCCACGUGGCCCAGCGGUCCUUUGCCAUCAAGUGAUGACGAGUGGGAGAAGGAGUUCUUUACGACGUGGGUGCGACUGAUGGAGCGGCAGAAAGACGAGACACAGCUGUUGAAGACGCUGCAGCGUCUGUUGAUGACGCCGGCGGUACGGGGCGAAGCGGCGGGUCUCGUCCAGGACGCGAAGCACCACGUGAACAUGAUGCGGGCCAAUGACAAGAGCGUGAACGAGUUGACGGCAGUGCUGAACGACUGUUUCUUCCGAGCGGUUCUGCCCGCGCUCAAGAGAGCGCGACGAGCGGACCGCAGUAACGAGAGCCGUAGCACUCGUGACGCUGAGGAAUGGGAAGGCGAUGUUGGUGUCGAUGUCGGCGCUCGUGAAGAAGGUACCGAGCGGCCGCAGGACUCGUUGGACCGGUACUUGGAGCACGGUGACGACGGCGAUGACGACGACGACGACGGUUUGGCAAUGCCUCAAGCUUUUGUCGACGACAUGAGCGGCUGGGCGUGUGCGCCCCGAGCAAGUCUGGGGCAAGAGGCACUGCCCAACGAGCAACAGCAGCGAGAGGAUAUGGUAACUGCUGCAACAAGCGCUGCAGGCGCUUUGUCGAGCGUUGCAAGCGACGACGGUGAAAAAGGUGAUGGAAAAGCGAGUGCAGGUGGCGACGAGUCGGACGAUGGGAUCCCGAACGACGCGUUCCACGACAUGUUGAUCGCCAACAACUUGAAAACGACUGCUAUGCGUGCCGUGGACAAGGGGAAGACGCACGAGCAGUUGCCGCGUUCCGUCGCGACCGACGCGUCUCCGCGACCGAAGCCUGUGCUCACGAAAGUAACGCGGCUAUCGCUAGCACCGCAGAGUCGAGUGACUUAUGCAGCUCGACGGAAGGACCGCAUUGGGGAAAAAGCUGCUGCUAGUCUCGUGGCUGACCAAGUUCUGGAUGUGCGCACGUAUGGGAAGUGUAAAGAGUAUCUCAUUCAGUGGCAAGGUAGAGAUACACCCCUGUGGAUCGCACGCCGCCGGUGCCCGCCGAAAACUAAGGACCUGAUCGAUACGUACGCUGCGACGUUGCAAGCAGGAGGUAGCACGCGUGCGGCCCGAAAACAGACUCGAGGAGCUCGUCGUACGGAAUCGGUGCGCUCUGCGAGUCACGAGAGUUACGAAACUGAGGUGCAAGACGCAGGCAGUGAAGACGACGAGGCAACGGCGCUGUACAAUGUCGACCACAUCGUUUGUCAUCGUGUGCGGUACCACAAAAAGGAGUACCUCGUGCGGUGGGAAAAAUACUCCAGCAGCUACGACACGUGGGAAAACGCCGAGAAAUUGCGUCUCGAUGUGCCCGAGAUUGUUAAAGCCUACGAGGACGAAUUGCAGCGCGUCUGUGGCGAAGACAUGGCUUUCGACUCGGCAAAUCCCGAGCCGAGUGUCAGCAAAGUGAAGCGGAUCAAGUCUACGGACAAGAAACAAAGCAGUGUGGGUGAGGAUACGACAGGGGACAAGAGCGAGACAGAGCUUUCGCAUCGAGGUGCACCCAAGCACGUCAGGAAGAGGCGCGGGCGUGUUUCAACAGAUAAAGAAAGCUUCGAGUCGUUGCCAAUGCAUCGAAAGCGGGCCAAGAAGACGACAGGCGUUUGA